UCUGUUACAGAGAACAAAAUGGAGUUUGUAAUAUCCGGUAUGGAGGAGGUGUGCCCAGCUGUAUAGAAACCUCUUCAUAUGGGAUAUAAAGGUGAACAGGGGGUCUCAGAAGAGAUGUGUGAAGAUGAGGAUGAGAAACAACUCACACUACACAGUGACCUCCUUUACAGGCAUAUCGUGGAGAAAAGAAGUGUGGACAUUAAGACAGAGGAAUGUGAGUGGGAGCCUGCACAACUUAAACAGGAAAGUGUCCACAUUAAAGAGGAGGAGUGUGAAAGAGAGCUAAAAGACAUGAAAGAGGCCGAGUCUCACAGCGCUGACAUGCAGACAAAUGAGACUCUAAGCCAGAUAAAGACAGAAGACUUUAAAUCAGAGUCUGGCACAACAUCAUGUUGUCUAAACACAGAAGUAAGUGGAUUAGGCUCUAUAGCAACUGGUCACUGCUCCCUACAGCAUCUUCCUGACCACGUGAAGUCCGAAAAUAUGGAGUCAGAUGUGAAUAGAACUGCAGAAGCACCUGAUUCAAGUGAUUCAAGAGAUGUAUUCCCAGUUUCACCUUCCUGUGUGCACGGUGUUGAAAACAAGAAUAGAUUCUCCACCAGCAGCAUACUUCAGAAACGUGCCAGAAUUCACAAUGGACAGAAGUCUUAUUGUUGUUCUGAAUGUGGCAAACGAUUCUCUGUUAGAAGCAGUCUUGAGAUUCAUGCACGAAUACACACCGGAGAAAAACCAUAUUGCUGUUCUGAGUGUGACAAGCAAUUCUACAGCAGAAGCAGUCUUCAGACUCACUCAAGAAUACACACUAGAGACAAGCCAUAUUUCUGUUCCGAGUGUGGCAAACAAUUCUAUGACAGGAGCUAUCUUCAGAUCCACGCAAGAAUUCACACUGGAGAAAAGCCAUAUAGCUGUUCUGAAUGUGGAAACCGAUUCUCACACAGUAACAGUCUUCAGAAACACAUAAGAAUUCACACGGGGGAAAAGCCAUAUUGUUGUUCUGAAUGUGGCAAAAGAUUUACGGUUACAAGCCAUCUUCAGAACCACUUGAGAAGCCACACUGGAGAAAAGCCUUAUUAUUGUAUUGACUGUAACAAACGAUUCUCAACGAGUAGCAGUCUUCAGAAACAUAAAAAAAUCCACACUGGAGAGAAGUCCUUCUGCUGUUCUGUGUGUGGCAAAGGUUUCUUGCAUAGGAGCCACCUUCAGAGCCACACAAAAAUUCACACUGGAGAGAAGCCUUAUUACUGUUCUGAAUGUGGUAAACAGUUUUCAUACAGUAGCAGCCUUCAGAAACAUUCAAGAAUUCACACUGCUGAAAAGCCGUACCGGUGUUCUGAAUGUGGAAAACUCUUCUCUGACAGCAGCAGUUUUCAGAAACACACAAGAAUUCAUACUGGGGAGAAGCCAUAUCACUGUACCGAAUGUGGUAAGAAAUUCUCUGUUAGGAGUCAUCUUCAGAGGCACACAAAAACUCAGCAUAGGAGCCACCUUCAUAGCCAAACAAGAAUUACCACUGGAGAGAAGCCUUAUCACUGUUCUGAAUGUAGCAAACAGUUUUCAUACAAUAGCAGUCUUAAAAAACAUUCAAGAACUCACACUGGGGAAAAACCAUAUAGUUGUUCUGAUUGUGACAAACAAUUCUCCACCAGCAGCAUACUUCGAAAACACAAAAGAAUUCACACUGGAGAGAAGCCAUAUUUCUGUUCUGAGUGUGGCAAACAAUUCUAUGACAAGAGCCACCUUCAGAGCCAUACAAGAAUUCACACUGGAGAGAAACCAUAUUGCUGUUUAGAAUGUGGCAAACAAUACUCACACAGUAACAGUCUUCAGAAUCAUUCAAAACUUCACAGUGGGGAGAAACCAUAUAGGUGUUCUGAAUGUGACAAACAAUUCUCCAGCAGUAGCAUUCUUCAAAAACACAAAAGAAUUCACACUGAAGACAAGCCUGAAAAGAGUAAGUUGGGAGGAAAAGGAAAGAAGAAUGUAGGAGUAAUGAAACUAUGUUAACAUUAUGAAGAGGAUUCAAGGAAGAUAUUCAUACUUGACUGAAAAGAUUCCUUUCCCACCUCUGCAUUAGAAUAGGAGAUGGUGGUAGAGGUCAUGCAACAUAUCCAGAUGAAAGCAAUGCCUGCACAUAGUGGAAGAGACGCCAGACCCCCUAAAUAUAACUUGAAAUUAAAAAAUGAGAUGCAGUUCAGUGGUCAAUUGAAUAUAAAGAGGAGACCAUAUAUUGUUACCUUUGGCAGAUCAAACAAAUUUGAUUUUGAUGCAGGUUAUAGAGUCUGUGGCAGCUGAUGAGCAAUGAGAGAUCAGCCAGAUGUACACUGCACUGAAAUGCUCAUUGGAAUUUCCAAAUAGAAGAAAAAGAACAGUGAAAAGCAGAGACGGACAUCACAAGUGAAUGAGAAGGAAUCUUCUGGAUCACACAAACAGUGCAGAGACUUACACAACUCUGGAAAAACAACAAAUGUCUGUUCCAUGUCUCAUUUUUGUUGCACCACAAUGGCGUUCCCCACACUGUUUAGAAAUGCAUUACCUUUACCUUACUUUUGUAGUGUGUAACAUAAGGCACUAUAUUGCGCCCGACCCGACACAGACUGACACGGAGGCACAUGUAAAAAUAAAACAAAGACUUUUAUUGUUUCUUCACCUGUGGGGCACUUCUUCCCCGUGAACCCCACAGGCACAACACAGUCCCAACAAGCACAAGCAAAAACGCACUCCUUUCCGGCACCACCACUCCUCCCGUCAAGCUUCGUCCUCCUCCUCCUGACUCUGUCCCUUAAGUGGUGGUUGCUGGCCCCUUUUAUAGCCCACCCGGAAGUGCUCCAGGUGCUUGAUCACCUGUUUCCGGUUGCACUUCCGGGUGGGGCUGAAGACUCGUCUAGCCAGGCUCAGGGACCCAUGCAGUGCCCCCUGGCGGCCACCCCAGAUCCCAACAGAGCUGUGGAGAACUCCAUCUCCCAUGGAGCCCUGCAGGAAGCUGAGGCACUACUGUCAGCCAGGGAGUCUGCCACCAAGCAUCCUGGGGGAGGUAUUGAGCAGCCCAUGGUUGCUCCCCUGGAACAUAUGUCGAAGGGGCAUCCCGGCUGGUCAUAGGACCUGGCCGUCCACCACAAGUGCAAUAGGAGAUUUGAAAUAACACUCUACAGUCAUGAGGACAUUAUGUAGUCAGUCAUUCUCUGCCUUUCCUAGUCAUGUAAUUUGAUGUUCUCCAGGCAAUGAGAUCCAGCAAAUGCAGAUUCUAAGUUUGACACGAGCACUGACUAGAAAUCAUGUAACGUAACCCCGGCUUUAGAAGAGCUAAGAGGAGGGGAUUAAAGCACAGUAGAGUGAAAGUCACAUUAACAACAACCAGACAUUGCAAGAGGUGGCCACUGAUGUACAAGAAGCAGCAAUCCAGGAUCACAUAACAUAAAAAACAGGCACACAGAAAUACACUGAAGAAUUUUGUUAUACAGAAUCAUAAACUUUUAUAUCUAAUGUGAAUAAGGCCAUAACUAAAAUGAAGCAAAACCAUCAACAUAUAAUAACCAUAACAACACUUCACAGGAUCUAAAUCUGUGUGGUGGGACUGAUCACUUAUAAAGAAACGGCAGAAAUGAAAACUAACUCUACCCAAACGUCAUUGAAUUAGAGAAGAAAUAAAGCAGACACAUAGGGAGAUGGCAUUAAUGUAUAGAAGGAGUGAAGUCACAAAGUUCUUGUUCGAGUAGAACAACCAAAAUCACAAUAUUGUACACCAACUCACAAAGACCUAACUGGACUUUAAUUUCUACUCAGCAUUGUAAGAAUUACACUUGUUAUUGUAAAAUCCUGAAACUUAAAGUCGGGGAAUACCACAGCUGUUCAAACUGCUACUGCCAAUAUUAUGUCAUUAUGAUUUGAGCGUGCAAGGAGAAGCCAAUAAUAUGACCAGUCAGCUGUAAGCUGCAUCUGUUUGAACUUGUAGGAUCUCACACCUGAAUGUGAAGAUUACAAAUAAAGGCAAGACUGAUUGCUUUUUAAAUUCUGUUAUGGAGUCUUUUGCAUUUAUUCUCUGAAAAUAAUGGAUGUGUCUACAGUUCUUCCAUAUAUCUAACUGCAGUAUUUCAUCUUCUUCUUCCUCUUCAUUGUUUACUACUUCUAUGUGGGGUCAUUGUGCUUCAUUAACCUUCUCCAUACAUCUCAGUCCUGCACCUCCUUCUUACCAGUCAGAUGUAAUUUCUUCAGAUCUUCUUUUACUUUAUCCAUCCAUCUCCACUCCCCUGUACUU